CAUCUUGCUACACCCUACACCAUUGAACUACGCCGCUACCCCACGCCCAGUUAGACGCAAGUAGCCGAGUGCUGAGCUGAACCAGGAAGUGGGGGGAUGGAAGGCGGUGGUAAUCGAUAGUGGAUGUAUGAGGAGGAAGUUUUUUUCCCCCUUCCAGCAGAGGAGCAAUGAAGGUUCAUAUCAAGUCCUGGAAUGGGGUGGCCUCCUGGCUGUGGGUGGCCAAUGAUGACAACUGUGGCAUCUGUCGGAUGGCCUUCAAUGGCUGCUGCCCAGACUGUAAGGUUCCAGGAGACGACUGCCCCUUGGUGUGGGGUCACUGCUCACACUGCUUCCACAUGCACUGCAUCCUCAAGUGGCUGAACUCCCAGCAAGUACAGCAGCACUGCCCGAUGUGCCGCCAGGAGUGGAAGUUCAAGGAGUAGACUUUCCCUUCUUGGCCCGUGUAGAUGAUGUCAUAGGACGCUUCUUGGAUUCAGAGAUGGGUGAUCUGUGGACCUACAAAGU